AUUCCCAGUGAUCUAUAACCAGCUCUGGUUAACACCAUCCUUGGUCAUUAAUAGUGUAAUCAAUCUUAAAAAAGCUAUAAAAUGUAGAAUUAUAAGACUUAUAGCCGACCACCUGGUAAAUCACUAAGGACUGUGGCACAAAUCCACUGUUCAUCCACUGUUCACAAAUCAAGUCUAUGGUUAAGUGGAAAGAGGGAAGCUCUAUCUUUACAGGCAGCUAGGGAGUCAAGUUCUCAAAGAAAAGCAAUCACCAUUGUCGGAGGUUCUUUCAUUGUAAACAGGUAUCCCUCUGGAGGGAGGAAGCUCUCUGCAGCCUAGACAAACACAUUGUGUACCCGACUGAGAUGUUGAAGGUGGAUUAUUCAGACAGACUCAUUUCCCAGCUGAGACGGACUAAGUGGCACACUUUGGGUAUUUACGUCAUUUGAUCUGGCCAAUCCAUCAUGCUGCAGGCAGAAGCCUUUCUCGAACUGACAUGGAUCAAACCAGACUUCAGUACGUCUCAAGCAGCUGAAGUGUACCAUGGGAGCUUUCUCUCCUCUUGCUACAGAAUGGAGUAAGAGUAAAAACUGUGAACUAAAUGUUAGAGUAGUCAUCUGAUUUGGCAGGCCUCCUUGAAGAACACAGCCAUGAUCAAGCACAUUAAUCCUUGAACUUUCAUUCCUUCCUGGGGGUCGAGGAGGAGGAAGGUGAGACCAACAUGAGGCUAGAUACACCAUCAGGUGUAUUUAUUCUGCUGCUUUCUCUAAACACAUGGUUGGUUAAUGGUCAGUCACCUCCUGGAAAGCCUACAAUAAGAAGUUGCCGAUCCUCAGGGAAUGAAACAUUUACUUGCUGGUGGAAACCUGAUUCAGAUGGUGGACUUCCUACAAAUUACACUCUACUGUACAGCAUAGAAGGAGGAGAAAAGGCCUAUGAAUGUCCAGACUAUAUAACUGGAGGCCCCAGUUCCUGUUAUUUUGAUAAAAGUUUAACCAGACUUUGGACAACAUACAAGAUCAUAGUGAAGGCUACCAAUGACAUGGGAAGUAAUAUCUCUGACCCUCAUUAUGUGGAUCUUAAAACCUUAGUUAAGCUAGGCCCUCCCAUGGAUCUAUCUCUGGAAGCCAAACAGUUGAGAGAGAUAAUGUAUGUGUGGGCAAGAUGGUCACCACCCCCACUGGUUAAUGAUGGAACAAGCUGGCAAACAUGUUAUUAUGAACUGCGAUUGAAGCCUGGAGGAGGGAAAGAAUGGGAGAUUCAUUUUGUUGGAGAGCAAACACAGUAUCAAAUAUUUCAGCUGCGCCCAGCAGUGAAAUAUACAAUUCAGGUUCGCUGUAUAACAGACCACGGUGAAAGGAGUGAAUGGAGCCCUGAAGGCUAUAUCCAGCUUCCCAGUGGUCAACCUCCAGGAAAGCCAGAGUUAAUAAGAUGUCGCUCUCCCGAAAAAGAAACUUUUACUUGCUGGUGGAAGCCCAGUUCCGAUGGAGGUCUCCCUAGCAAUUACACUCUGUUCUAUAACAAGGAAGGAGAUGAAACGUACUAUGAAUGCCCUGACUACACAACAGCAGGACCCAACUCCUGUUAUUUUGAUAAAAAACAUACUUCUCUUUGGGUGACGUAUAAUUUCACCAUAAAAGCAACUAAUGAGAACGGGAGUGAUGUCUCUCAGCCGUAUUAUGUGGAUGUGGCUAAUAUAGUUCAACCAGAUCCUCCAGAAAACCUGUCCCUGGAAUUUGAGAAAAAAGUAUAUGGACAGUAUCUGCUGUUGAACUGGUCUCCACCUUCACGGGGUGACGUCAGAUCUGGCUGGCUAACCCUUGAAUAUGAGUUACACAUAAAACCUGAAGAGGGUCAAGAGUGGGAGAAAAUAUUUGUUGGGCAGAGAACAACAUACAAGAUGUUCAGUGUAAAUCCAGGAGAAAGGUACGUUGCGAAGAUUCGCUGCAGAUCAGACCAUGGAACAUGGAGCGACUGGAGCCCUGAGAGCAACAUUAAACUCCGAAAAGAGUUCAGAGUGAAGGAUAUGCUUGUCUGGAUCUUUGUGGCUUUUUUGUCAUUUGUCAUAUGCUUGAUCAUGAUCUGGAUGCUGGCUUUGAAAAAAAUUAACAUGAUGGCCCGUAUUCUGCCCCCAGUCCCAGGACCAAAGAUAAAAGGCUUUGAUGCCCAGCUACUAGAAGCAGGGAAACCCGAAGAAUUACUGAGUGCUCUUGAGUGCCAGGGAUUCCCUCCAACACCAGACUAUGAGAACCUGCUGGAGGAAUUUUUGGAGAUAGAUGACAGUGAAGACCAGCAACUAAUGCCAAGCAAUGAAAAGAGUUACCCCAAUAAAAACAUGAAGUUGGCACACCAGGAAACAGACAGUGACUCAGGAAGAGGAAGCUGCGAGAGUCCUUCACUGUUGUCAGAGAAGCGUAAGGAAGCCAAAAAUCCACUUUUGGUAUCAAAAAUACCAGAUACCAAUGAGAUGCAAAGGGACACUCAGAGAAGCAGCCUACAGGAGACCCCAAGAGGAGACACUGAAGGACAGCAUCCCUUGGUUAGCAAUGGUGGACCUAGAUCAUCUACAUGGCCUGGAUUUCAGCUAUCUUAUUGUCAGACUUCUAAAGGUUCCUACUAUGACACUGUAGGUGGGUGUAAAAUGGCUUUCAGCGCCAUGAAUGUCCACAGGUCACCCAUUGUGAUGGGGCGUGAAGAAGGAAAAUGUCGUUCACAACAUCCUAAACACAUUGAGACUAUUUGUGAAGGAAAACCAGCCAAACUGGAGGAUGCAGCAAAUUUACCCUUAAAUACUCAGCAUGAGCGGGAGGGGGUGUGGUUACUUCCACCAGCAAGGUCGCCUUUCUUGCCUACAAAGCAAAUGGAUUACGUCGAAGUUCACAAAGUCAAUCAUGAUGGAGCUCUGGCCGUAUUGCCAAAACAGAAAGAAACUGUUGACAAAACUGAAAGGUGUCUUGUCCCUGGUAAUACAAAUGAGUACACCAAGGUUUCAACAGUUGUAUCCAACCAUAUUCUGGUGUUAUUCCCAGAUCCCAAAGUAGAGGCUUUGCCUUUCUUUCAGGAACCACCAAAGGAACCCACACAGGACUCUCAGCAGAGCCAAAGAGAGAUAAAUUUGAGCUAUUGUCUCACAGCUCCAAGCACAUGCAAAAUACAAACUGGUGGGUUAGACUACAUGGAUCCAAAUAAUUUUAUGUGCCGCUUUAAUUAACUGAAAGGUUGGCUAUCCUUCUACAGGUAACAACACUAGAAGUAAAAUAAACACUGUUGGCACAAAAGUGCUCAUAUGUCUGAUUUAGCUCAGUUGAACUUCAUGCUUUUUUAUGCUUCAUAUUCAAGUCACUUAAGAAUAUGCAGAUAACUGAUUGUAGAUCGAUUUUUCCCUUACCCGUGGUUUUUAGAGUUACUUUUUAAUGUGUGUGAAGAAUGGCUUACAGGAAAUUCAAAGUAUAUGGCAGCAUUUUAAAAACACAACACUCAUUUCUCUGACAUGCCUUAUUAAAAAGGGAAGUGUACAUUCAUGUAACAAAAGCAACUCUCCGAUCAUUAUCAAAUGCUGCUGGUUAAGAGGUGUAGGCUGAUCUUAUACAAUACUGUGAAAAAUUAUACCGUUGUCAGAUUCUUGAACUACACCAAUAGCGUGUCCAACCUAUUGUGGGUCAUACAAUGUAAGUGACGAUGUGCAACCCAUCAUGCUUAAUUCGGAGGGGGUGGCUUUGUUCUCAAGUAUGUUGAGCCAUUGGACAAGCCACAGUACAGGAGGAACAGGCGGACCUCAUUUUGUGCCAGAGUUCAGCCUAUGAGCCCUCCUCUCCAGAAUGCAUCAGACUCCUACAGUAUGUACCACUUGUGGCAUGUGUGUGGGACUGUCUCCAGGUAGGAGGGAGCACCCAUCAUGGAGCCUGCUGAUGGGCACCAUGUAUGCUAGUGACUUCCCCUGUUUUAGCAGAUGGUGCGGCCCUCCCCUACUCCUCUUCAUUUCUGCCAGACACAGAGAGUAGGCAGGGCUUAUUUGGAGGUGGAGGAGAGGGGAAUGAUGGCAAUGCUCCCAAAUGCCAGUCAGCACCUUUGUAUUUGCCCACCAUGCAAUGUAGCAGUGCUGGACCUGAUCUGUCCCAUAGUUUGGCCAGCCAAGAAUCACACAUGUUGCUGUUGCCUGAGUAAAGCUAGCCAAAUAUGACAGACUCAGUAAAAAGCAAAGACAUGAAUGAAAACCAGAACCAAUUGCAUGAGUAUUCCAUCGGUAUUUGUGCAGUUUCUGUGACAUGCCGCUAGCGAAAAAUUUCAAAUUUAUUUUAUGUUCUACUACAAUUUAUUUUUAAUACGUUUUAAAGGCUAGUACAGUUUUUAUAUUCUAUUUUUGUUUGCUUUUUCUAUUAAAAAACCACUAGUUUUAUGGCUGUUAAAAAUCUUAUACUUACAUCAGAUGUAAUAUAUUGAAGGUAUUCUUUGCUAGAGAGUGAAAUCUUCUAUACAUGUUUUUCUGCUUUGCUUUAGUGCUGGCAUGGGGAAUCUGUGGCCCUUCAGAUGUUGUUGGACUCCAGCUCCCAUCAGUCCCAGCAAGCAUGACCAAUGGCCAAGGAUGGGAGUUGUAAUCCAGCAACAUGGGGGGGGGGCACCAGCUUCCCACUCCUGCUUUAGUGUAGUAAAUUAUUAUUUCCCUCUUUGCUGUGCAGUCUCCUCAAACUGUGUUUAAAGUUUAAAUAGACCCCAUUAACACCAGUAUGAUUAUUUACAAAUAUUCCAGCAUUUAGGGGAGGGGAGCAACCUAAAGUAAUCCAUUCCUAUAAAGAUUUGAAUUACUUCGCACAGCAGGACUCAGCGUCAUAUAUUGCCUUAUUGUACAUAAAAAGUCUGCUUGAAUACAAACCCUGUGUAUUUCUGCAGACUAUUUUUCUAUUAUUAAAAUAAACUGUUUUCUGAUUGUCCCAGAGCUAUUUAUGUAACCAAAAAACCUUAUUGCCUCUUUCCUGUCUCUGCAAGCAGAGCAGAUAAUAAGAUAGGAAGUUUUCUGUAUCUGUAAUAAAACUCCAUUGCUAUAGAGACAAUCUUAAAUUGCUAUAUAAUUAUGUUGUGAAGCUCUCAGGCCUUCCUGCCAUAUCAGGGGGCAUAUUCUUUUUACUGUCAAGGGGCUACCAUCCCACUCUCCCCAUAGGCAUUUCCAAUAUGACUUUGAACUUCAUUAUAAUAUUCUAAUAAGCAUGUUAUAGUCCUUGUACCAUGGAAAAGAUAAGGUGGAGUGACACCAUUCUCUGUCUCUAUCUGCUCUAGAGCGGUGUUCUUCAACCUUGGUUUCCCAGACAUGGAUGGACUACAACUUCCAUCAUCUCCGGACAGCAUGGUCAAUGGUCAGGAAUUGUGGGAGUUGUAGUCCAUUCACAUCUGGAGACCCAAGGCUGAAAAACACUGCUCUAGAGCAUCACAGCCAAUGGGAGCUUUUGGUCUAGUACUAGAAGCUCUAGCUGUGCGCCCCUCUGCUUUUUACCUCUGUGAACUAUCUCACCCUAUGGCAGCCACAGGAAAAGCCUAGUUUGGGCUGGCUUUCAUGUCCUUGAGCCGGGACCAAGCUGGUUGUGGGCAUUUGUUGAUAGGGAUGGAUGGAGCUGUUCAUUUCAGUUCUCUACAUUUCUCAUUUUUUCAAUCUUAAAUACAGUUCUCCGCAUUUCUGUGGCGAUUUGUAAUUUAUUUAUUUAUUUA